UUUAAAAAAUAUUAAUGGCAGAAAAAAAGCAACAAAUUGCUAGUGCUGGUUUUGAACUUGUUCAAUCUUUACACGACAAUCCGGAUGUCUUGCCUCCAUACAACAAAAAAUUGGUUGACAAAUGUGCCAAACAAAUUAUUGAUCUUUAUAAUGAAAAUGUUCGUUCUUUUAUGGAUUUAAAAUCAAAGACAGACGGUUCAAAUAAAGAAAAUGAAAGUCAAGUUUUUCAACUGGUUCGUAUUAGACAAGUUGCUAUUGAUCAAAUAAAACGAUGCAGUUGUGCUUAUAUAAAUGAACGAAUGAAGAGAAUAAAAAAUAUGAGAUGGAAAUGUGGAGGUCAAAUACCAGAAAAAGUCAAAAACAAUAUGUCAGAACAUGAACAAAAAUGGCUUAAAAAUUAUAAUGAAAUUACUUUUGAAUUUCAAAAUGAAUUUGGAAAAGAAGAUGAAGAAAAUGAAGGAGAGGAAGUAAAUGGGGGAGAUGGUGUUAAUUUGUUUAAUUAUGUUGAUCCUCCUGAUAAAUUAAUGGUCAAAGUUAGAGCUCUCAAGGAUAGCGGCCAGUUUGAAACUAGUGAUGGAAUUACCGUUGUUUUAGCAAAAGGUGCUGUUCAUUUAUUGCCUCGACAGGAUUGUGAGAAUUUAGUGAGGAAAGGAAUGUGUCCAUCACCUCCCAUUAGAUCAACAAGCAGUAAAUGUGCUUGUUUUUGGAAAACUUUAAUUGUUAUUACUGCAAUUAUUACUGCUCUCUUUGGUGUUUUUGUUUAUCUAAAUGAGGAGUUUGAACCUGUUGUUUACAGACUUCCAUCACCACCUUCACUCAAAGGGCCAUUAAAACCCAACAAUUAUCUACGUAAUGCUCAAAUGCUUCUAAAAGGCCAAAUCUUAGGGCCAGAAUCUCUGGUUGUUGAAAAGGACGGAAAGAAGACAGUUAUUUACACUGGCACUUGGGAUGGAAAAUUGUUAAAAAUAGUUAAUGGAAUUGUGGAAAAAUCUCUGAAAAUUAAACCUGGAAAGAAGACUUUUGCCUGCGGUAUUUUUUAUUUUAAAACAAUUUUCCCUAUGAUGAGAGUCAAAUAAUUCGUGAAAGAUUUUUAUACCUAAUGGUUUGAACCUUAAAUCCCCAACUCCAGAAUGGCAAUCUCGCAUUUUAUUGUUUUUUGAUGUC